UGACGUAUCGUUAGGCGCCGUCAUAUGACGUAUGACGCAUCUUUGCAUUAGCCAACAAUAGUUUCUUUUUCAAUUGGAAUUUUUAAUUUAUUAACGUUAUAAUACAUAACUAACUUGUAAGGAAAUUACUUUAAACAGUUGUACAGACGUUGUUUUGUUGAAUUGUUCGAAAAUUUGACGGAGAAAUCACACUAAAUAUGGCCGUUCCGCCGAUUUACAAUCCUGUGGUGCCAUGCGUGCAACCGAUCCCGGGGGGCAUGUACCCAGGCCGUAUGAUCAGAUUCCAGGGUAACAUACCACCAGGCGCACAAAGGUUCGCGAUCAACCUCCAAUGCGGGCCGAACACGGACCCCCGCGACGACAUAGCCCUACACCUGAACUUCCGUUUCGUCGAAAUGUGCAUAGUCCGCAAUCACUUGACGAGCAUGAACUGGGGCAUGGAGGAGACCAACGGGGGCAUGCCGCUGGUGCGCGGCGAGUCCUUCGAGGCGCUCGUGCUCUGCGAGCCUCAGUCUUUGAAGGUGGCGUUGAACGGCGUCCACUUCUGCGAGUUCCCGCACCGGCUGCCGUUCCAGCGCAUUAGCCACCUGACGAUAGACGGCGACGUGAUGAUGAACUUCAUCGGCUUCGAGGGCGCCCAGCCGCCGCCCACGCAGAUGUACAUGUCCGAGCCCCCAGCAUACGGGGCCUACGGGGCUCCGCCGGCGUACGGGGCACCGGGCUAUGGGGCCCCGCAGGGAUACCAGGUCAGUGGGAUGCCAGCUGGAGCUGGUUAUGAUCCGUCAUACGCGCCGCAGCAGCGCAGGGGGUUGGGCACGGGAGCAGCUGUGGGGUUGGGGGUCGGGGCCCUCGCCGCGGGGGGUCUUGCGGGUUACGCCCUUGGCGGGGGGUUCAGUAGUGACAGCCCUACUGAGGAGGCUCCACAAAUAUCGUCAUUCUCCGAAGAUUUCGGCGGAGAUGACUGGAUGGAUUAAUUUCAACCAACCAACAAAAUAAGUUAUAUCGUAUUUAUAUAAACACCUACGUCAUUAUGUCGAUGUAACUUAAA